CUUAUACUUGAUCUACUCGUCUCCAGCUUCAGCAAGUCUCCAAUUGCUCCCCUCAUUCCAUCUUUGGCCCUUCAGCCCGCCGCCAGACGCCUACAAUCGCCCUCAACGAUUGCUGCCCUUUCGAGUUCGUAAAGCUCUUAGGCUUUCAGACCAUUAGAUAUGGCUCUCUGCGGGCGUCUGGCACGUCGCGCGCCGGCACUUACGGGACAGCUUCGUUCUGUUGCUCCCUCGAUCGCGUCCAGGCAUUUCACAUCGCGAGCCGUAAAGCCGAUUGCUGCGCUGCGAAGUAGCCAUGAGUCACCAGCUGCUUAUCGCCAGCUUCGAGCUUUCACAAAGAUCUCUGCGUCCUUGAAUAAGACUCAAGAGGCGCCAGAUGCAAAAGCAUACAUGAACAGUGGCGCCGUGCCCACUGCUAAGGACCUUGUAGAUGUCAAGAAAGUGCUAGUCAUUGGUAGUGGUGGUCUCAGCAUUGGACAGGCGGGAGAGUUUGACUACUCUGGCUCGCAAGCUCUGAAAGCCUUGAAAGAGGCUGGUGUUAAAUCUGUCCUUAUCAACCCCAACAUUGCAACCAUCCAAACCUCGCACGUGCUUGCCGACGAAAUCUACUAUCUACCCGUAACCCCUCAAUACGUCGAAUAUGUUAUCCAGAAGGAGAAGCCCGAUGGCAUCUUCCUCAGCUUCGGUGGACAGACUGCCCUGAAUUUGGGUGUGAACAUGAACAGACUGGGCCUCUUCGAGAAGUACAACGUGAAAGUGUUGGGAACCAGCGUCAAGACCCUCGAGACCAGCGAGGACCGUGAUCUUUUUGCCCGCGCUCUGGAUGAGAUCGACAUUCCAAUUGCCAAGUCUAUCGCCGUUUCUUCUCUCGACGAAGCUCUCGAUGCUGCUGAGAAGGUCGGAUACCCCAUCAUUGUGCGUGCUGCAUAUGCCCUUGGUGGUCUCGGUUCCGGUUUCGCAAACAACCCCGAAGAACUCAAGAACUUGGCCGCUCGGUCCCUGACCCUUUCGCCCCAAAUCCUGGUUGAGAAGUCUCUCAAGGGCUGGAAGGAGGCUGAGUACGAGGUCGUCCGUGACGCUGCUGACAACUGCAUUACUGUCUGCAACAUGGAGAACUUCGACCCUCUUGGUGUCCACACUGGUGACAGUAUUGUCGUAUCUCCCAGUCAGACAUUCAGCGACGAGGAAUACCACAUGCUUCGUUCUGCCUCGAUCAAGAUUGUUCGUCAUUUGGGUGUUGUUGGAGAGUGCAACGUCCAAUAUGCGCUCCAGCCUGAUGGUCUUGACUACAGGGUCAUUGAGGUCAACGCCCGUCUCUCCCGUUCUUCCGCUUUGGCAUCCAAGGCUACUGGAUACCCUCUUGCGUAUACCGCUGCGAAGAUUGGUCUUGGACACACUCUGCCCGAGCUUCCAAAUGCUGUCACCAAGACCACUACCGCCAAUUUCGAGCCCAGUUUGGAUUACGUCGUUACCAAGAUGCCUCGAUGGGAUCUUAGCAAGUUCCAAAAUGUCAAGCGCGACAUUGGCAGUUCCAUGAAGUCUGUUGGUGAGGUUAUGGCCAUCGGAAGGACCUUUGAGGAGUCUUUCCAGAAAGCUUGCCGACAGGUCGACCCCAAGUUCUUGGGUUUCCAGGGCGAUAAGUUCGAGGAUUUGGACGACACACUCAGGAACCCAACCGAUCGCCGAUGGCUCGCUGUUGGCCAGGCUAUGUUCCACGAGGGAUACUCUGUUGACAAGGUUCACGAUCUCACCAAGAUCGACAAGUGGUUCCUCCACAAGCUACAGAACAUUGUUGACUGCACACAUGAGCUUGAAGAGAUUGGCAGCCUUUUCGGAUUAAAGAAGGAGAUCAUUCUCAAGGCUAAGAAGCUCGGUUUCUCUGACAAACAGAUCGCAAAGGCCGUCAACAGCACCGAAGACGAAGUCCGCGCUCGCAGGAAGAGCUUCGGUAUCAGGCCAUGGGUGAAGCGAAUUGAUACUCUUGCUGCUGAGUUCCCGGCCGAAACCAAUUAUCUUUACACUACCUACAAUGCUUCCUCCCACGAUGUCACUUUCGAUGACCAUGGUGUCUUGGUCCUCGGAAGCGGUGUGUACCGAAUUGGAAGCUCAGUCGAGUUCGAUUGGUGUGCGGUCAAUGCCACCAUGUCCCUGAACAAGCUCGGAAAGAAGACCGUAAUGAUCAACGACAACCCCGAGACGUACAGCACUGACUUCGAUGUUGCCGACAAACUCUACUUCGAAGAGCUCAGCUACGAGCGAGUUAUGGACAUCUACGAGCUCGAGACCGCCAGCGGAGUCGUCGUGUCCGUCGGAGGUCAACUGCCCCAGAACAUCGCUCUCAAGCUCCAGGAAUCUGGAAAGGCCAAGGUCCUCGGAACCGAUCCCCAGGAUAUCGACAAGGCCGAGGAUCGUCACAAGUUCUCUUCCAUCCUCGACUCGAUUGGUGUGGACCAGCCAGCCUGGAAGGAGCUUACCUCCUACGAGGAAGCUCAGAAAUUCGCUCGAUCCGUUGGUUACCCAGUCCUCGUCCGACCCUCUUACGUCCUUUCUGGUGCCGCCAUGACCGUCAUCCGCGGUGAGGACGAACUCAAGGAGAAGCUCACUGCUGCUUCUGAUGUGUCACCCGACCACCCUGUCGUCAUCACCCAAUACAUUGAGGGUGCCCAGGAGAUUGACUGCGAUGGUGUUGCUUCUAACGGUAACCUGCUUGUUCACGCCGUCAGCGAGCACGUUGAGAAUGCUGGUGUCCACUCUGGAGAUGCCACUCUCGUUCUCCCUCCCCACUCUCUCGACGAGAGCAUCAAGGAGAGGGUGAAGACCAUCGCAGAGAAGGUCGCCAAGGCCUGGAACAUCACCGGUCCCUUCAACAUGCAGAUCAUCAAGGCAGAUGAUCCCGAGGGAGGCGAGCCCGCGCUCAAGGUCAUCGAGUGCAAUCUCCGUGCCUCUCGCUCCUUCCCCUUCGUCAGCAAGGUCCUCGGAACCAACUUCAUCGACGUUGCCACCAAGGCUCUUGUUGGCCGUGAUGUUCCCGAGCCCGUUGAUCUCAUGGCUGAGAAGAGGGAUUACCUCGCCACCAAGGUUCCCCAGUUCUCCUGGACCAGGUUGGCUGGUGCUGAUCCUUUCCUCGGUGUGGAGAUGGCUUCCACUGGUGAGAUGGCCUGCUUCGGCAAGGAUCUCGUUGACGCAUACUGGACUUCCGUCCAGUCCACCAUGAACUUCCGCCUUCCCCAGCCCGGUGAGGGUCUCCUCUUCGGCGGUGACGUCAACUCCCAGGCUCUCGUCCAGAUCGCCAAAUACGUUCAGCCACUCGGCUACAAGUUCUUCGCCGCCAACAAGGACAUCAAGAAUUUGCUCGAGAAGACCGAGGGAAUCUCAGUCGACGUCAUUGAGUUCCCCAAGGAAGACAAGAGGGCUCUCCGCGAAGUCUUCGAGAAAUACGACAUCCGUGGAUGCUUCAACUUGGCCAAGUUCAGGGCCAACGGCCUCUUGGAUGAGGACUACGUUAUGCGCAGGAAUGCUGUGGACUUCGGCGUCCCGCUCUUCAUGGAGCCUAAGACCGCUGUCCUCUUCGCACAGUGUAUGAGCGAGAAGCUUCCUCUCGCCGAGGGCAUCCCCAGCGAGGUCCGCUCGUGGAGCGACUUCGUCGGUGGCAGGCCAUUGUAAGAUAUGGAUCCAAGCUAAACCCGUCGACCGUCCCAUUCAACUUCGAAAUUAUCAGUAAGGAAAGCGGAUUCAGGUUAGAAGUUAUGGGAUGAUGUGAAAGGUUAAACGGAACGGAUAGGAGAUUGUGCGGGAAGACAAAACAAAUUACAAGUAUACUGGGAUGUGAUUCGCCUGACAUGAGGGAGUUCUCGGUACCUGUAUAUAAGUUUCACUUUUUUUAUCAUAUGUCUAGUCUGGUUUCUGUGUGUGUAUGUGGAGUAUCUAAGAAAUGCCAUUUCCAAAUCUUCCCUCUUCGCUGAAAUGUUUCAGGCGGGGACUAGUCGAGUUGAGUGGAAGUGGUUUCAGGGUCGGGUUUACCAUGGGUUUUAUAUAUGUGUAG